AGGGUGCCAGGAAGGCUGCUGAGGUGGUCUGAGUUGGUCUGUGCAGAGGUCUGAGGGCAUGCCUAGCCUCCCUUGCCUCCCAGGGCAGAGGGAACAGGCUGCCACCGUGUCUGUCACUGAGUGGUACUGGUAGCCUCUGAAUGGCUCUACACUGAGGGACACCCUUGCCUUGCCCAGCUGCCUGUGAUGCUGCUGUCCCCCGUCGCCCCGUGGCCCCACGAUGACCCACAGCCCCGCGACAAGCGAGGACGAGGAACGCCACAGUGCCAGCGAGUGUCCCGAGGGGGGCUCAGAAUCCGACAGCUCCCCAGACGGGCCAGGGAGAGGCCCCCAGGGGACUCGGGGCCCGGGCAGCGGAACACCUGGUAACCUGGCCUCUACCCGAGGCCUCCAGGGACGCUCCAUGUCUGUCCCCGACGACGCCCACUUCAGCAUGAUGGUUUUCAGGAUUGGCAUCCCUGACUUGCACCAGACGAAAUGCCUGCGCUUCAACCCUGAUGCCACCAUCUGGACAGCCAAACAGCAGGUACUCUGUGCCCUGAGUGAGAGCCUACAGGAUGUGCUUAACUACGGACUGUUCCAGCCGGCCACCUCAGGCCGGGAUGCCAACUUCCUGGAAGAAGAGAGGCUGCUAAGAGAGUACCCCCAGUCCUUUGAAAAGGGGGUACCCUACCUGGAGUUCCGCUACAAGACCCGAGUCUACAAACAGACCAACCUGGAUGAGAAACAGCUGGCCAAAUUGCACACGAAGACGGGGUUGAAGAAGUUCCUGGAAUAUGUGCAGCUCGGGACGUCCGACAAGGUGGCAAGGCUGCUGGACAAGGGGCUGGACCCCAAUUACCAUGACUCAGAUUCAGGAGAGACACCUUUGACCCUGGCGGCCCAGACUGAAGGCUCAGUAGAGGUGAUUCGAACGCUGUGCCUGGGUGGGGCUCACAUAGACUUCAGGGCCCGGGAUGGCAUGACAGCGCUGCACAAGGCUGCAUGUGCUCGGCACUGCCUGGCACUCACGGCACUUCUGGACCUUGGGGGCUCCCCCAACUACAAGGACCGCCGAGGGCUGACCCCCCUGUUCCACACAGCCAUGGUGGGGGGCGACCCCCGCUGCUGCGAGCUGCUGCUGUACAACAGGGCCCAGCUGGGCAUUGCGGAUGAGAACGGCUGGCAGGAAAUCCACCAGGCCUGCCAACGGGGCCACUCUCAGCACCUGGAACACCUGCUCUUCUAUGGGGCUGAGCCUGGAGCCCAGAAUGCCUCAGGAAACACAGCCCUGCACAUCUGUGCUCUCUACAACAAGGAGACCUGUGCCAGGAUCCUCCUUUAUCGUGGAGCAAACAAGGAUGUGAAAAAUAAUAACGGACAGACACCCUUCCAGGUGGCUGUGAUUGCUGGGAAUUUUGAGCUGGGGGAGCUGAUCCGUAACCAUCGAGAACAGGAUGUGGUACCCUUCCAGGAGUCCCCCAAGUAUGCAGCCCGGCGUCGGGGAGCCCCAGGUGCAGGGCUGACUGUACCUCCAGCGCUGCUGCGAGCUAACAGCGACACAAGCAUGGCUCUGCCUGACUGGAUGGUGUUUUCGGCCCCAGGGGCCUCAUCAUCUGGGACCCCUGGCCCUACCUCAGGACCCCAGGGCCAGUCACAGCCCUCAGCCCCCAGCACUAAGCUCAGUAGUGGGACCCUCCGAAGUGCCAGCAGCCCCCGAGGUGCCCGGGCACGCUCCCCAUCCCGGGGGAGACAUCCUGAAGAUGCCAAGAGACAGCCUCGAGGCCGGCCCAGCUCCAGCGGGACACCCCGAGAAGGGCCGGCUGGGGGAACUGGGGGCUCAGGGGGCCCUGGGGGCUCCCUGGGCAGCAGAGGCAGACGUAGGAAGCUCUAUUCAGCGGUACCCGGACGUUCCUUCAUGGCCGUGAAGUCAUACCAGGCGCAAGGCGAGGGGGAGAUCUCUCUGAGUAAAGGCGAGAAGAUCAAAGGUGACAGAAUGGGGCUGGUGGAUGGGGCACCGACUCUGUGCCUCAUGAGCCCUUCUCCAUCCCCCCAUCCCUUCCUCCUGCCUCCUGCCAGUGAUUACAUCAUCAAGGAGAAGACAGUCUUACUGCAGAAGAAGGACAGUGAGGGGUUCGGGUUCGUGCUACGGGGGGCCAAGGCGCAGACCCCCAUCGAGGAAUUCACCCCCACCCCGGCCUUCCCGGCGCUGCAGUACCUCGAGUCUGUGGACGAGGGUGGCGUGGCAUGGCGGGCUGGACUACGAAUGGGAGACUUCCUCAUCGAGGUGAAUGGACAGAAUGUAGUAAAGGUUGGCCACCGUCAGGUGGUCAACAUGAUCCGCCAGGGAGGCAACACACUGAUGGUCAAGGUGGUGAUGGUGACCAGACACCCAGACAUGGACGAGGCCGUGCACAAGAAAGCAUCCCAGCAGGCUAAGCGGCUCCCGCCCCCAGCCAUCUCCCUGCGUUCCAAGUCUAUGACCUCAGAGCUGGAGGAAAUGGUCUCCCCCUGGAAGAAGAAAUUUGAAUAUGAACAACAGCCUGCGCCAGUGCCCAGCAUGGAGAAAAAGCGGACUGUGUAUCAGAUGGCACUCAACAAACUGGAUGAGAUCUUGGCGGCUGCUCAGCAGACCAUCAGUGCAAGUGAGGGUCCUGGGCCUGGUGGCCUCGCGUCCCUGGGCAAGCACCGGCCCAAAGGAUUCUUUGCCACUGAGUCGAGCUUUGAUCCCCACCACCGCUCCCAGCCAAGUUACGACCGGCCUUCCUUCCUGCCUCCUGGACCUGGCCUUAUGCUCCGGCAGAAGUCUAUUGGGGCUGCGGAAGAUGACAGACCCUACCUAGCACCCCCAGCCAUGAAAUUCAGCCGUAGUCUGUCUGUCCCCGGUUCAGAGGACAUACCCCCACCACCCACCACAUCCCCACCAGAACCUCCCUACAGCACACCUCCGGCCCCCUCCUCUUCUGGCCGCCUCACUCCCUCCCCUCGGGGAGGCCCCUUCAACCCCGGUUCUGGGGGUCCCCUCUCGGCCUCCUCCCCUUCAUCUUUCGAUGGGCCAUCUCCUCCUGACACCCGUGGUGGGGGCAGAGAGAAGAGCCUGUAUCACGGUGGAGCCCUACCCCCCGCCCAUCAUCAUCCACCUCAUCAUCACCAUCAUCACGCCCCACCUCCACAGCCCCACCAUCACCAUGCACACCCUCCUCACCCACCGGAGAUGGAGACAGGAGGUUCCCCCGACGAUCCCCCACCUCGAUUGGCCCUGGGACCCCAGCCUAGCCUUCGAGGCUGGCGGGGCGGAGGACCCAGCCCAACCUCAGGGGCCCCAUCGCCUUCCCACCACAGUAGCAGCGGAGGCAGCAGCGGCCCCACUCAGGCUACCGCCCUGCGCUACUUCCAGCUGCCCCCGAGGGCGGCCAGUGCAGCUAUGUACGUGCCUGCUCGCUCGGGCCGAGGUCGCAAGGGCCCACUGGUCAAGCAGACCAAAGUGGAAGGCGAGCCCCAGAAGGGCAGCCUCCCUCCUGCGUCCUCCCCAACAUCCCCGGCGUUGCCGCGGCCUGAACCACCUCCGCCCGGGCCGUCGGAGAAAAAUUCCAUCCCCAUCCCUACCAUUAUCAUCAAAGCCCCAUCCACCAGUAGCAGCGGCCGCAGCAGCCAGGGGAGCAGCACAGAGGCCGAGCCCCCCACCCAGCCCGACAGCGCGGGCGGUGGCGGAUCCUCGCCCAGCCCUGCGCCUGCCACGUCCCCGGUGCCGCCGUCCCCGUCGCCCGUGCCCACCCCUGGGUCGCCCAGCGGCCCGGCCACCCUGGACUUCACCAGCCAGUUUGGAGCAGCCCUGGUGGGCGCGGCGCGGAGGGAGGGAGGCUGGCAGAACGAAGCCCGGCGGCGGUCCACGCUGUUCCUGUCCACCGAUGCGGGAGAUGAGGAUGGAGGCGACAGCGGGCUGGGCCCGGGGGCGCCCCCAGGUCCCCGGCUGCGCCAUUCCAAAUCCAUUGAUGAAGGCAUGUUCUCCGCCGAGCCGUACCUCCGGCUAGAGUCGGGGGGCAGCAGCGGGGGCUACGGGGCCUAUGCAGCCGGCAGCCGAGCCUACGGGGGCAGCGGGAGCAGCAGCGCCUUCACUAGCUUCCUACCCCCGAGGCCCCUGGUGCAUCCGCUGACUGGCAAGGCCUUGGAUCCCGCCUCUCCGCUGGGGCUGGCCUUGGCCGCCCGGGAGCGGGCCUUGAAGGAAUCCUCGGACGGUGGGGGCACCCCCCAGCCGCCUCCGAGACCCCCAUCGCCACGCUACGACGCCCCGCCGCCCACCCUUCACCACCACUCACCCCACUCACCCCAUUCGCCACAUGCGCGUCACGAGCCAGUGUUGCGCCUCUGGGGGGACCCGGCGCGCCGGGAGCUGGGGUACCGGGCAGGCCUAGGGAGUCAGGAGAAGGCUCUUCCCGCCAGUCCACCUGCAGCUCGCCGCUCUCUACUGCACCGUCUACCCCCGACGGCUCCUGGGGUCGGGCCGCUCCUGCUGCAGCUGGGGCCGGAACCCCCAACUCCCCUUCCCGGGGUGAGCAAGGCCUGGCGCACUGCAGCCCCCGAGGAGCCCGAGCGGCUGCCUCUGCACGUGCGGUUCCUUGAGAAUUGCCAGGCCCGGCCUCCCGCAGCGGGAGCGAGAGGGUCUUCCACUGAAGAUGGGCCUGGGGUUCCACCGCCCAGCCCUCGCAGGGUCUUGCCAGCCUCUCCAACCUCCCCGCGGGUCAGUGAGGAGAACGGCCUUCCGCUGCUGGUCCUGCCGCCGCCAGCCCCUUCGGUGGAUGUGGACGACGGCGAGUUUCUUUUUGCGGAGCCGCUGCCUCCACCCCUGGAGUUUUCCAAUAGCUUCGAAAAGCCAGAGUCGCCUCUCACGCCCGGGCCUCCCCACCCGCUGCCAGACCCUCCCUCCCCGGCUACCCCUCUACCUGCAGCCCCACCCCCGGCUGUGGCCGCAGCCCCUCCCACCCUGGAUUCCACCGCAUCUAGCCUGACCUCUUACGACAGCGAAGUGGCCACGCUGACCCAGGGGGCUCCUACGGCUCCUGGGGAUACUCCUGCUCCAGGCCCGCCGGCCCCAGCAGCCCCAGCUCCCCCAGCCCCGCAGCCAGGCCCCGAUCCUCCACCUGGCACGGAUUCUGGAAUCGAGGAGGUGGACAGUCGGAGCAGCAGCGAUCACCCGCUGGAGACCAUCAGCAGCGCGUCCACACUCAGCAGUUUGUCGGCCGAAGGAGGAGGCAACACAGGGGGCGUGGCUGGGGGCGGGGCCGGGGUGGCCAGUGGGACGGAGCUCCUGGACACCUACGUUGCCUACCUGGAUGGCCAGGCCUUCGGGGGCAGUGGGACUCCCGGCCCGCCAUACCCCCCACAGCUCAUGACUCCCUCCAAGCUCCGGGGCCGGGCGCUUGGGGCUGGUGGAAAUUUGAGACCUGGUCCCAGUGGGGGACUCCGAGAUCCUGUCACCCCCACCAGCCCUACUGUCUCUGUGACCGGAGCUGGAACAGAUGGGCUACUGGCCUUGAGUGCUUGCUCCGGACCCUCAACGGCAGGUGUGGCAGGGGGUCCCGUGGCGGUUGAGCCAGAAGUCCCGCCAGUACCUUUGCCCACUGCCUCGUCCUUGCCUCGGAAGCUGCUACCGUGGGAGGAGGGUCCGGGACCCCCACCGCCACCCCUGCCAGGGCCCCUGUCCCAGCCUCAGGCCUCUGCCUUGGCCACGGUCAAAGCCAGCAUCAUCAGCGAACUCAGCUCCAAGCUCCAGCAGUUUGGUGGGUCCUCUGCCGCGGGAGGAGCUCUGCCCUGGGCUCGGGGAGGCAGCGGGGGCAGCACAGACAGCCACCACGGAGGAGCCAGUUACAUCCCAGAGAGGACCUCCUCCCUGCAGCGCCAGAGGCUCUCCGAAGACUCCCAGACCUCUCUCCUCUCCAAACCCAGCAGCAGCAUCUUUCAGAACUGGCCUAAACCCCCUCUGCCUCCACUCCCCACCGGAUCUGGGGUCUCCUCUUCGACGGCUGCAGCCCCGGGAGCUAUCUCCCCUUCAGCCUCAUCCGCCUCGGCUUCCAGCCGACACCUGCAGGGCGUGGAAUUUGAGAUGCGGCCUCCGUUGCUCCGCCGGGCACCCAGCCCCUCGCUGCUGCCUGCCUCGGAUCACAAGGUCAGCCCAGCGCCCAGGCCCUCUUCUUUGCCCAUCCUGCCUUCAGGACCCCUCUACCCGGGCCUCUUCGACAUCCGUAGCUCCCCGACCGGAGGGGCAGGAGGCUCGGCUGACCCCUUUGCUCCAGUCUUUGUGCCGCCACACCCCGGGAUAUCUGGGGGUCUCGGAGGAGCCUUGUCGGGGGCCUCUCGCUCCCUAUCACCCACCCGCCUGCUCUCGCUACCCCCCGACAAGCCGUUCGGCGCCAAGCCUCUGGGGUUCUGGACCAAGUUUGACGUCGCCGAUUGGCUGGAGUGGCUGGGCUUAUCAGAGCACCGAGCCCAGUUCCUGGACCAUGAGAUUGAUGGCUCCCACCUGCCCGCCUUGACCAAGGAGGACUAUGUGGACCUGGGCGUGACCAGGGUGGGCCACCGUAUGAACAUUGACCGGGCUCUCAAAUUUUUCCUGGAGAGGUGAUGGCUGGCCUGGACGGACCAACCCGUCCAUAGGACCCUUGAGCCCGCUGACCUCUUGACCUCUGACCCCUCUGACCAUCAUUCUCUCCCCACCCCCUCAGGGGGCCAGGGAUUCUGCUGAAACUGUGCCCUGCCCCGUCUCCCCAGGCCUGACUGAAGUCCCCAAGUGGACCGGAUACAGGCCAGACACUGGCACCUCACAAGAGGUGGGCAGCUGAUACUAGACUGCGUGCGAGUGGAAUAGAGGGUAGGGGGAGAUUAGAAAAUGACACAGGGGUACUGAGAAGGAGGGAAAGGUUGACUGGGAGGGGGAACAGACAGAGCCAUAGAGGGUCAGCCCAGAGCCUGUCCGGAUGGGGGGAGCUGCCCCCCAGACCGCAGGGGAAGGUGUGCCCUCCGAUUCCAUCACCUGCGCCCCUCUAAUAACCCUUUCCACCUCUCCAGGCCCCUCAGCCUCCCCCUCUCUCUGGCACUCCCAGCUGCCCCGCCCCUGCCUCUUGCACGCCGCUGGCUUCCCUCCCAGGCUGCCUUCCCUCCCAGGCUGCAGUUUUGCACAAGCUUGCCCCUGGCUGUCCUGCACACCGCUGGCCCGCAAGGCCCCCCAGCUCCCUAACACGCUGCUGCGUUCUUUUUUGCUCAAGCGCCACGGCCUUUGCUAGCUUGCUCUCUUUCUUCUUGGGAUGGAGGGUGGGGGGUUGCACCCUUUAUUUCUCUGAUCACCCUGGACCCAUGCUGCAGACACACAUGGGACUUUCCUUCCUCUCCUCCUCACAGACCCAGGCAUACUCCUGUAGCCCCUGGUCACCCCUUUUUUCUGCUCUGUCCUUGCACACUCUGAACACAUUUACCUCCAUUUCAUCCUUGGGGACACUUUCCUGUCCUGGCGC